AUGGCUCUACCUUUACCACCUGGUUUAACGCCAAUGGAGGUUGCAUUUCUAUGCGAAAUGGAAAUGGUCACAGUCGUUCCUCGGCAACGCCUUGAGAGCCUCGAUUUAUUAGGUGGCAAGACAAUUUCUCUAAGGCCGCCGCAUCGUGCUCCCUUACCUUUAUGGCUAGCUCUACUUCUCAAACGACAACGUCGUGCCAAUAUCAUACCACCACCAUGGCUUCAUCCUCAUUCCCUUGACAGAAUACUCAAAAUGGAGACUGAUAAUCCUGAGAGCUUUUCUCCUCCACCACCACUCGACCAUAGCACAUCAUCUACAGUAUCACCGCCAUUUCUACCGUCGAAUACCGCAGACUCAGAGCCUGGUUAUUUACCAUAUCAUUGGAUUGAUAUGGGUGAAAUUCUACUGGAAGCUGCAAGUGAUGAUAUACAAGACCCAGAUAAAGUUCGGGAACUACUUAGAGAUCUACGGGAAGUGAGGAUGGCAAAAAUGAGAAGCAGUACUUUGGUGGUAGAAGGGGGUGGGCUCACCAGUCUACAAGGUGUUGGCGCAAUGGAGGUUAGUGAGGGACGAGGAUUCAUCACAGGUGUCAUGGAUGGACUACGCAAAUUAGGAGCUUCUAGGGAAGUUUCCAGACGGGAAAAAGAACAAGAAGGUGCCGGAAGUGGAGGUGACGGAGAUAGUGAGGACGAAGAUAUGGGAUUAUGAUCGGGGAAAACUCGAUCCGCAACAUUUAUGAUGAACUGCAUAUAUUUCACGAGCAUCGGCGUUGGAAGGAUAUCAUGGCAUAUACCAGGCUUACAGUGACCGUGCACUUCUACUUGGUCGAUCUCAAAAAUACACCAACAAAAGCCAUUUUAUUACUUUUUAAUAAAUAGAUUAUGAUUCUUUUGAAUAAUUUUAUUAUAUUGUAAUUUAUGAAAUCGAUAAUUUAUAAAUUA